AUGGCGCCCGCAAAGUCUAAGGCCCAGAAGAUGUCCAUUGGGACCUUCUUGGCUGAUGAGAGCCUUGGCUCUUGGGCCGACGAGAUGGAGGAUAUGCCCCUCCCCAGUGGACCUCCUACUUCCAGCUUCGGUUCUCGCCCUUCCGGUGGCAUGGGUUUCGGUAGUGGCAUGGGCGGUGGUGGUUUUUCUGACCGUGUCGAGCGUGGUGGAUACGCCGUCCGCGAGCAGCUUCCUCUCCCAACCGAGCCUCCUUACACUGCUCACGUCGGAAACCUUUCCUUCGAAGCAACCGAGGCGGACAUCUCCGAGCUGUUUGCUGGCUGCAGCGUGACAAGUGUCCGUGUCGUCGAGGACAAGUUGACCAAGGCUCCCAAGGGAUUUGGUUAUGUGGAAUUUGAGACCGUGGAGGGCUUGCAGAAGGCUUUGGACCUCUCUGGCACUACUCUCCAGGGACGCACCAUCCGCACCAGCAUCGCAGAGCCUCCCAAGGAGUCUCGUAUGGAAGGCCGCGACCUUGACUGGACACGCCGGGGUCCCCUUCCCCCUGCCCCCGAGCGCCGCAUUCCUGAGCGUUCUAGCUUUGGUCGUAACAUGGAUGCUGCCUCUGACGCCGGCAGUGAUCGUGGUGGUGCCCGUCGCAGCAACUUCGAGUCCGAUGGAAAGUUCCGUGAUUUCGGCAACUGGGAACGCAAGGGUCCUCUCUCUCCCCCCGCCGGUGCCCCUCCCCGUGAGGGCGGCCGCCCCCGCAACACUGAAGAAGGUGGUUCUAGCUUCCGCCGAAACUCCCCUCCUGCUUGGGGUGAGGGUCGCUCGCAAGACGGUUCCCGUCCUCCCCGCCCAGACCGUCCCGAGCGUGCCCCCACAGCUGCCGACAUGGACAACCACGCACCGUCUCUGAAGCCCCGACUACCCCCCACCGCCGGUGGAGAUUCGAAGGCCAGCCCCUUCGGUGCGGCCCGACCCAUCGAUACCGCCACCCGCGAGCGUGAAGUCGAGCAGAAGCGUCAGGAAGCUGUCCGCCAGAAGAAGGAACAGGAUGACAAGAUCAAGUCCGAGAAGGAGAAGUCCGAGAAAUCCGAGAAAUCCGAGAAGUCCGAGAAGCCCAAGCAGGCUAAGGAGCAGACCACGGAGAGCAAGGGUGGGGGUAACUUCGAGAUCCUCCGGCGGGCCGGUGGAGAGGACAUGGCCGCUGACAAGGAGCCCGAGCAGGCUACCCCCGCGGCUGCUGCUCCCACGGAGGCUGCGAAGGAGACCGCCAAUGGUAACUGGAGAAACGCCGAGGCCCCUGCCGAGGACAAUGAUGGCUGGAGCACAGUAGGCGCUAAGCCUCGCAACACCCGUCGUGGCGGCCGUGGAUUCUAG